AUGUCUCUAAAAGCCCCUAUAUAUUCCAACUCCCAAACAUUAUCGUCUGCGUCUUUGGCAUCGAAUUUCUCCACCACCUCACAGCUACACUCCGACUACCUCAUUAGACCAAUCGAGGCCGAUGACUAUGAAGGAGUGGUUGCCACAUUGAGCGUUCUUACAAAAGUGGGGCAGUUGAGCAAAGAGAAGUUUUCCAGCACCGUCGAGUAUUUGAAGAAACAUUCGGACAUUUACAACACCGUGGUGAUUGUCAACCAGGCGAAGGACAACAUGAUUGUUGGGGUGGGGAGCAUUUUCAUUGAGCAGAAAAUCAUCCAUGAAUGCGGGAAAGUUGGGCAUAUCGAGGAUAUUGCGAUUUCUGGAGAAGAACAAGGCCGUAAAUUGGGAUACCAUUUGAUCAAACACUUGACCGAGAUUGGCAGUGAUCAAGGGUGUUACAAGGUGAUUUUGGAUUGUGCUGAGAAGAAUAUCAAGUUUUAUGAGAAGUGUGGUUAUACUAACGAAGGGUUUGAGAUGGCUGCUAGAUUUUAA